AUGAGUCUCUUUUCUUCCUUUAUCAUUCAGCCCGUGGUGCGUCAUGCUCGUCGGUUCUCAGGCGUUGUCCAAGCGAGUGACGAGGGCAAUCGGCCGUCUCUAGCAUGUGAUAAUCGCGACUCCGUACCCAUUCCACCUCCACACCGCGACAGCAUCGGCAGCGCACGUGAAGACGAGGAUGCCGAAGCGACUUCAGCCACACGACCCACUGUCCCCAUCGAGCUAUUUGACAGCUUCUCUUCUCUCGCCCGGCAGCCUCGCAGCGCUGUUGUUGAGCGAGCAGAUGGCCACGACCAUGUACCAAUAGACACCCCAGUCGAAAUGGCCGCAAAUCGAUCCGAUACCCUCGCAGAUCAGCUCGGCCGCAUCCAGCUAGACCCGUCAUCAUCACCAACUGCCCUGCCGCCGCCUCCGACAUCGACACAAGGCCCUCCUGGCAGCACGCCCAGCCAGAAUGCCACGGCCAUGUCGGAAUCACUCCCCGCAGACGAUGGCAUGGCCCAUCUUCGCACGCGUAUCCACGAGAUCAGAGCAAUGGCCAUUCCGGACCAAGAUCGUGCCCGCAUGAUUCACGGCUUGAUGACGGAAAAGUACAACUUGAUGCGGCCAACGUCUCCUGCCAGUCUCGUAUCACACGACCGUCCCUUCACCCCCACCUCUGGAGAAUCCCUCUUUUCCGAAGUCCACGCUUCGUCGCCCUACUCAUCCACCUCCGAUACGAACCCGGACAUUCCCUAUAACCUGCGCGAAGGCGACACCAAUCCAACGUAUCGACCCCAAAACCACCACCACCACAACAACGGAGAGCAUGGCGAGGAAGAAGAGGACGAUAUCAUUGAAGGCGAACUUGUCCUUGGUUGCCAGCACUAUAAGCGCAAUGUCAAGGUGCAAUGUUUCGAGUGUCGCCGCUGGUACACCUGUCGGCAUUGUCACGAUGCAGUCGAAGACCACAACUUGAACCGAAAGAUGACGCAGAACAUGCUAUGUAUGCUGUGCGGGACACCCCAAAAAGCGGGUGACGUCUGCACCAAUUGCGAUACUGAGACUGCAUGCUAUUAUUGUGACAUUUGCAAGCUCUGGGAUAACAACAGCAAAAAGAAGAUUUAUCAUUGCCCAGACUGCGGCAUCUGCCGGCGAGGCGAAGGUCUGGGCAAAGACUUCUAUCAUUGCAAGAGCUGCAAUGUCUGCAUCUCCAUUUCCCACGCAACCACUCACAAGUGCCUGCCACGUGCCACUGAAGGCGACUGUCCCAUCUGCGGUGACCACCUUUUCACCUCGUCUACUGCGGUCGUGUCAAUGCCUUGUGGUCACUACCUGCACAAAGGCUGUUAUAAUCUCUACAUGCAGACUGCUUAUAAAUGUCCCAUAUGCAAGAAGAGUGCCGUGUGUAUGGACUUGCAGUGGCAAAAGUUGACUCAAGCAAUUGAAGGCCAACCAAUGCCAGAGCAAUUUGCAAACACCCGAGCAAUUGUGCAAUGCAAUGACUGUUCGGCAAAGUCUUCGGUCAAAUAUCACUGGCUUGGAAACCAGUGUUCAACAUGCGACUCAUACAACACAAACGAACUCCGUAUCCUGAAUGGGCCAGAGAGUGAAGAGGUCGCGAACGCGAUCCUGGAUGCAGACAUAGAUUCCGGAUCGCGAUCACCUGUAAGCGUCAGCUCACCGUCGUCCCAAGCCCCACUUCGUUCGCCUCGAUACUAUUUCCAGCCGGAUGAACCAGAAGAGACAUGGCUUCCAGGUCAGCUACCCUCUUUUCCAUUCCAAAUGCCACAGUUCCCUGGAAGGCCCCGGAUGUUGCAGAUGCCUCAGAUGCCUCAGAUGCCUCAGAUGCCUCAGAUGCCUCAAUUCCCGUCUCUACCAAAUUUCCCACAGAUGCCCCAGUUCCCGCAAAUGCCACAGAUGCCGCAGAUGCCUCAGAUGCCCGAUGCGGCGCAGCAGAUGCUGGAGCGGGUCCGCAGGUCAUUCGAUACUUACCUCAACCCCACCGGAGAUGUCCGCGCCGAAGACGUACCGAUCAUCGACCUGGGACAUGAGGAGCGCACUGAGCGUUCGGCUACGGAUGGUACCAAGGUUAAAGAACCAUCUUUACCUCAGUAUGUCUUGGAGCGCUUUACCCAGUCCCUGGUCCGCUUCCGAAACGAUCUGAACCCGGCAUUAUUCGAGGACAUUCCAAAUCUGGAUUUGGCUGAAGACCACGACCCUGAUGGAUUGCAAUUUUGGGGCGAAGACGGUGGACGGCUUAAUCGCUUCGUCAACGGUGAUGAUGAUGACGAAGAGGAAGAGAGCGAUAGUGAUGACAGUGAGCAUUUUGACGAAGAUGAAGAGGAGUACGACGACGAGGAUGAUCAUGAGGAGACAAAGGACAAGCAAAAGCAUGGCAAAAAGGAGUUUGAUCUACCAGGCCACAUCUAA